CGAGAGGAGGACGAAGAAGAGGACGAGAAGCAGAGGCGCUGCUGUUAGACGUUGGCGGUCAGAUGGAGUCGUUCUCUGGAGAUGCGGGAGAUACACCUGGAAGCACCGAGGACAUUCCAGAACGUAAAAAGUCCAAACUCAAGUCUCUGAAAAACCGUCUCUUCGGGAGGAGUAAGAGAGGAGGUGGAGAGGGAGACGCCAAGCUCAGCCACUCGGUCAGUGACAUCACUGCAGGAAAGGGACCCGGAUCUCAGGAAGAUUUGGGAUGCUCCCAGAGGAUGAUGGUGUCACGGGCAUUGUCCGCCGACAGCAUCUUUCUGGCUGAUCAGGUCCUGCCAGAAACCGAACCAGCGAGGGUCUUAUCGCAGGAGAAUGUCCACAGCAAAAUCAAAGCUCUGCAGAUGAAGCUUCAGCAGCAGAAGAUGCAUCUGGGGCCGCCGCCUCUGGUUCUGCCAGCGAGACGGGCAGAGGAUCCAGGAAGCCGGGCCGAGGACGGCGGUCUUCCCCACAGCCUCCUCGAGAUCCCAGCAGCCCUCAGCAAGACCCCAUCCCAGCCAUCGUCUCGUCCACUCUCGCCUAUCCUCAAACCUGUUCAAUCGGUGCCCCUGGCUCCAUCCCUCCCUCUUUCUGUCCCCUCCAACCCCUCUUCCUCCGUGGUUGAGACCCCGUUGGACUUCAGCUAUCCUGCCCGGUUCACCCCCUCCCUGGAUACCUCUGCUGCGCGCCACCGGCUGGCUGUCAAGCCCAGAAACCAGCGGGCCGGCACCAAGAAGACACUCCAUGCAAAUCACUUGAAUGAACAAAAUUCUGACACACACGCCCUAAACAACGUCAACCACCCUGAAUCAGUGAGAGAAGAAAAGCAGCUGAGUACUCCUCAAGAGGCGCUGACAUCGGAAACAGAACAAGGAGGGGAUGUCAUUCCUAUUACAUCUCAGCGUCUUCCUUCAAAAUCCCCAGAGGUGGCACCGAUUACAUCGGAUGCAGCGCACAAAUCAUCCAGCCGAGCUGUUCCCCAACAGGACCAAGCUCUUCCUGGGAGAGGACCCUUUGCACCCUCCCAGGUACUUAGAGUUAAGCCCCACAGGCCGAGUGAACGGCCACACUCAUCCUUCAUACAGUCAGAACUGAAAGACAACAGAGACUUUGAGAUACAAGCAAUGUCCCUUGACAAGAGAAAUACUCUAAACAAGGCCGGAAUGACUGACGCCUCCUGCGACCGGCUCUGCACCAACUUCAGGUCUUCAUCUGAUCCACAGCGGGUUCAAAGUGAGACAGAAAGCAAAAGACGAAAAAGGAGACCCGCCCCAGGAUCCGGGUCCUUCCAUCUCUCAAUCACCGCUGCCAAAGACCGGGAUGGAGAAAGACCCCGAUCGGGCAGCUGUGUUGGAGGGCUGGAACACAUCGAAGCCAGACACAAGACGGUCUGGGGAGCGGAGGAUAAACCCUCUUCCAGCACGAGGGAGAAGGAGGAACUAAGAGGGGUGGGAAGACUCAGGCCAGAGGGAGCUCCACAUAAAAGCUCAGCACCAUCGGACAGGAGAGGCAGCCUCAAACAAGUGGAAUCAGUGACACCGUCUCAACAUGUGACCACAGACGCUACAAAGGUAGAGGAGUUGGGGAGCAACCAGGAGACGGUGGAGGAGGCGCGGGAUGUCGAGGACGAUGAAGGGAAGACGGCGUUUGGUGUUAAACUGCGCUCCACAUCUCUGUCGAUGAGAUUUCGGUCCGAUUCCCCUUCACACCACAGCGCAAAGCUACCAGUGUGCGAGGAGCAAUGUGACAAAUCAAAAGAACAGGAAGUAGGAGACCUUGGAUCAAAAGAUCCAACCCCGUCUGGCUUCUCCCUCCCAGUCAAGCAUAACCCGCUACCUACCGAUAAUCCUCCCACCAUGGCAACAGAAGUGGAAACAACCUCCUCAAACCUCAAAGAAGUGGAAACCUCCACCCAGGAGGCCCAGCCUGCCCCCCAAACGGCCUCAUCCGAGGGGACCUGGAUGAGCUUGGCGAUGGAAAAGACCAGAAGCCUGCAGCAGCUUUUUACUAGCAGAUUUCCCAGAGAUCUCACAGGUGUGCAGACAGCGGCUCGACCGCAAGCACAACAAGUACAGCCACAGCCCGUGCAGCUACAAAAAAGCACAACGCCAACCGAGGCUGCAGAUCAGGCUCCGACUGUCAACCCGCCGCCAAUGGCAACGCAACAGAAGACGCCUCCUCUUCAGCCGAGCACCUCCAGAGAACCACAAACACUGAAACUAACCAGCGAGCCCCAGUUGGUCUCCCAGUCCACGUCUCAUCCGGCCGCACCGACCAAUCCACGGACGACCCAGGCUGCAGAUCAGGCUUCGACUGAUGCGGUCAAAGCGCAGACUGUCAAACCGUCGCCAAUGGCAGCGCAACAGAAGACGCCUCCUCUUCAGCUGAGCACCUCCAGAGAACCACAAACACUCAAACUAAGCAGCGAGCCUCAGUUGGCCUCCCAGUCCACGUCUCAUCCGGCCGCACUGACCAAUCCACGGACGACCCAGGCUGCAGAUCAGGCUUCGACUGAUGCGGUCAAAGCGCAGACUGUCAAACCGUCGCCAAUGGCAGCGCAACAGAAGACGCCUCCUCUUCAGCCGAGCACCUCCAGAGAACCACAAACACUCAAACUAAGCAGCGAGCCCCAGUUGGCCUCCCAGUCCACGUCUCAUCCGGCCGCACUGACCAAUCCACGGACGACCCAGGCUGCAGAUCAGGCUUCGACUGAUGCGGUCAAAGCGCAGACUGUCAAACCGUCGCCAAUGGCAGCGCAACAGAAGACGCCUCCUCUUCAGCCGAGCACCUCCAGAGAACCACAAACACUCAAACUAAGCAGCGGGCCCCAGUUGGCCUCCCAGUCCACGUCUCAUCCGGCCGCACUGACCAAUCCACGGACGACCCAGGCUGCAGAUCAGGCUUCGACUGAUGCGGUCAAAGCGCAGACUGUCAAACCGUCGCCAAUGGCAGCGCAACAGAAGACGCCUCCUCUUCAGCUGAGCACCUCCAGAGAACCACAAACACUCAAACUAACCAUCGAGCCCCAGUUGGCCUCCCAGUCCACGUCUCAUCCGGCCGUACCGACCAAUCCACGGACGACCCAGUCUCCCUCGCACUCUUCUACACAAGCAGAGACCUCAUCUCCGGGCGCCACGCAGUCUCUUGCACAGUUGUACCUCAUCUCGGGCCAGCAGCAACCCCCCCGGAGCAGUCGAGGUCUUCAGACCGUCCACCAGCUCAAAUCAACCAACUUGGCUUCCACCGCACCGUACGCUUCGCCUCCUCCUCGCGUUUCUGCCUUGGGAAGAGGAGAAAGAGAAGCCGCCGGCAAGGAAAACGAGGGCGCGUCGCUGUCGGGAAGGCGGGCUGUUUGGGCCGGGUCAGUCGGCGAGAAGGCUUCUUUUUUGGAGAAACGGGCGGAGUGGACCGCUCCACGCGGAACCAAGGGGAUGGAGUUGAAGAAAGCUCACGCAGAGGAGCAGGUGUCAGAUGAAUCCACUGCCUCCGUCAAGACCAAGCCCCAAAGUAAAGACAUGAACCCGGAGGGACGACAAGGGGUACAACUCGCAGAGCCAAGUCCCGCCAAAGAUCCAGAAAGACCCCAGGAGGACAAAUGGCUGCAGAAAAAUGUGGCGCCAUCUUCAUCGCCCUCAUCGUCGCCCACAAUGCCAUCGGCGGUGCAGUCCGUGACUGGCAGCAGCCAGCCGUCCUGGAUGGAACUGGCCAAAAGGAAGUCGAUGGCCUGGAGCGAUAAGUCCAUGGACUGAGAGGAAGACAGUCCAUCACGAGGAUGCAGAGGAUGCAGCUAUAUCGAGGCUGUUGUGCUUGUGCGAUGAAAUUCAUUGAGUUGUUAAGUGUUAAUAUUAUAUUGAGAGACAGAUAAAGAAUAUAUAUAUUGAACAUAUCCAAGUUUAUUAUAAUCCUUCUCCACCACAAGCACUUCAAGAGAUACAUGGUAUUUCGAG